AUUCAUUUUGCCAGCUUCCAAGAAGAGCGCAAAGCAGGCUCUGCCAUGUCGACGCGGAGGUGGGUGAGGCAGACUGCCGCGCUCUGCCUGCUGGCUUUCAUCCUCCACUCCCUGCCCCGACACAUUGCUGCUGAGAAUGGGACCACCGAGAGCGGAAGUGUGUGGGAUGGAGGAGGAAAUAGCACCCAAGACGACAGCCAGGAGACUCAGUUCCGGACGGUGUUGAAGACCAAAACCACAGACGGGGAAAACAGUGAGGCAUGGCCACGGCAGGAGUACCAGCAAAGAUCCAGUUCCCCAUCCACCACAAAGGCUGAAGUCACCACCACUGCUGAUGUCACAACCACCGCUGAUGUCACAACCACUGCCGAAAUCACAACUACUUCUGAUGUCACCACCACUGCUGAGAUCACAAACACUGAUGAUGUCACCACCACAGGUGAAGUCACCACAACUGCUGAUGUCACAACCACUAGUGAUGUCCCCACCACUUCUGAAGUCACCAGCACUGAUGAUGUCAUCACCACUGCUGAAGUCACAACCACUGCUGAAAUGACACCCACUGAUGAUGUUACAACCACUUCUGAAGUCACCACCACUGGUGAUGUCACAACCACUGGUGAUGUCACAAUAACUGGUGAUCUCACCACAACGGCUGAUGUAACCACCAAAGCUGACUUCACAACCACUGAUGAUGUCACCACAACAGCUGAUGGCUCCACAACUGCUGACCUCACCACCACUGCUAAAGUCACAACCACUGAUGAUGUCACCACCACCGGUGAAAUCACAACCACUUCCGAAAUCACAACCACUUCUGAUGUUACCACCACUGCUGAAAUCACAACCACUGAUAUUGUCACCACCACAGGUGAAGUCACCACAACUGCUGAUGUCACAACCACUAGUGAUGUCACCACCACUUCUGAAGAGACCCCAACUGCUGAUAUCACCACAACUGCUGACCUCACCACCACUGCUGAAGUCACAACCACUGAUGAUGUCACCACCACUGUAGAAAUCACAACCACCUCUGAAAUCACAACCACUUCUGAUGUUACCACCAUUGCUGAAAUCACAACCACUGAUAUUGUCACCACCACAGGUGAAGUCACCACAACUGCUGAUGUCACAACCACUAGUGAUGUCACCACCACUUCUGAAGAGACCACAACUGCUGAUAUCACCACAACUGCUGACCUCACCACCACUGCUGAAAUCACAACCACUGAUGAUGUCACCACCACUGUAGAAAUCACAACCACUUCUGAUGUUACCACCACUACUGAAAUCACAACCACUGAUAUUGUCACCACCACAGGUGAAGUCACCACAACUGCUGAUGUCACAACCGCUAGUGAUGUCACCACCACUUCUGAAGAGACCCCAACUGCUGAUAUCACCACAACUGCUGACCUCACCACCACUGCUGAAGUCACAACCACUGAUGAUGUCACCACCACAGGUGAAGUCACCACAACUGCUGAUGUCACAACCACUAGUGAUGUCACCACCACUUCUGAAGAGACCACAACUGCUGAUGUCACAACCACUUCUGAUGUUACCACCACUGCUGAAAUCACAACCACUGAUGAUAUCACCAGUACGGCUGAUGUCACCACAACUGCUGAUGUCACAACCACUAGUGAUGUCCCCACCACUUCUGAAGAGACCACAACUGCUGAUGUCACAACCACUAGUGAUGUCACCACCACUGCUGAAAUCACAACCACUGAUGAUAUCACCAGUACGGCUGAUGUCACCACAACUGCUGAUGUCACAACCACUAGUGAUGUCACCACCACUACUGAAGAGAACCCAACUGCUGAUAUCACCACAACUGCUGACCUCACCACCACUGCUGAAGUCACAACCACUGAUGAUGUCACCACCACUGUAGAAAUCACAACAACUUCCGAAAUCACAACCACUUCUGAUGUUACCACCACUGCUGAAAUCACAACCACUGAUAUUGUCACCACCACAGAUGAAGACACCACAACUGCUGAUGUCACAACCACUAGUGAUGUCACCACCACUUCUGAAGAGACCCCAACUGCUGAUAUCACCACAACUGCUGACCUCACCACCACUGCUGAUGUCACAACCACUAGUGAUGUCACCACCACUUCUGAAGAGACCACAACUGCUGAUGUCACAACCACUAGUGAUGUCACCACCACUGCUGAAAUCACAACCACUGAUGAUAUCACCAGUACGGCUGAUGUCACCACAACUACUAAUGUCACAACCACUAGUGAUGUCCCCACCACUUCUGAAGUCACGAGCACUGAUGAUGUCAUCACCACUACUGAAGUCACAACCACUGCUGAAAUCAUACCCACUGAUGAUGUUACAACCACUUCUGAAGUCACCACCACUGGUGAUGUCACAACCACUGGUGAUGUCACAAUGACUGGUGAUCUCACCACAACGGCUGAUGUCACCACCACAGCUGACUUGACAACCACUGAUGAGGUCACCACAACAGCUGAUGGCUCCACAACUGCUGACCUCACCACCACUGCUGAAGUCACAACCACUGAUGAUGUCACAACCACUGUACAAAUCACAACAACUUCCGAAAUCACAACCACUUCUGAUGUUACCACCACUGCUGAAAUCACAACCACUGAUAAUGUCACCACCACAGGUGAAGUCACCACAACUGCUGAUGUCACAACCACUAGUGAUGUCACCACCACUUCUGAAGAGACCCCAACUGCUGAUAUCACCACAACUGCUGACCUCAACACCACUGCUGAAGUCACAACCACUGAAGAUGUCACCACCACUGUAGAAAUCACAACCACUUCCGAAAUCACAACCACUUCUGAUAUUACCACCACUGCUGAAAUCACAACCACUGAUAUUGUCACCACCACAGGUGAAGUCACCACAACUGCUGAUGUCACAACCACUAAUGAUGUCACCACCACUUCUGAAGAGACCCCAACUGCUGAUAUCACCACAACUGCUGACCUCACCACCACUGCUGAAAUCACAACCACUGAUGAUAUCACCAGUACGGCUGAUGUCACCACAACUACUGAUGUCACAACCACUAGUGAUGUCCCCACCACUUCUGAAGUCACGAGCACUGAUGAUGUCAUCACCACUACUGAAGUCACAACCACUGCUGAAAUCAUACCGACUGAUGAUGUUACAACCACUUCUGAAGUCACCACCACUGGUGAUGUCACAACCACUGGUGAUGUCACAAUGACUGGUGAUCUCACCACAACGGCUGAUGUCACCACCACAGCUGACUUGACAACCACUGAUGAGGUCACCACAACAGCUGAUGGCUCCACAACUGCUGACCUCACCACAACUGCUGAAGUCACAACCACUGAUGAUGUCACAACCACUGUACAAAUCACAACAACUUCCGAAAUCACAACCACUUCUGAUGUUACCACCACUGCUGAAAUCACAACCACUGAUAAUGUCACCACCACAGGUGAAGUCACCACAACUGCUGAUGUCACAACCACUAGUGAUGUCACCACCACUUCUGAAGAGACCCCAACUGCUGAUAUCACCACAACUGCUGACCUCACCACCACUGCUGAAGUCACAACCACUGAAGAUGUCACCACCACUGUAGAAAUCACAACCACUUCCGAAAUCACAACCACUUCUGAUAUUACCACCACUGCUGAAAUCACAACCACUGAUAUUGUCACCACCACAGGUGAAGUCACCACAACUGCUGAUGUCACAACCACUAAUGAUGUCACCACCACUUCUGAAGAGACCCCAACUGCUGAUAUCACCACAACUGCUGACCUCACCACCACUGCUGAAAUCACAACCACUGAUGAUGUCACCACCACAGGUGAAGUAACCACAACUGCUGAUGUCACAACCACUAGUGAUGUCACCACCACUUCUGAAGAGACCCCAACUGCUGAUAUCACCACAACUGCUGACCUCACCACCACUGCUGAAAUCACAACCACUGAUGAUGUCACCACCACAGGUGAAGUCACCACAACUGCUGAUGUCACAACCACUAGUGAUAUCACCACCACUUCUGAAGAGACCCCAACUGCUGAUAUCACCACAACUGCUGACCUCACCACCACUGCUGAAGUCACAACCACUGAUGAUGUCACCACCACAGGUGAAGUCACCACAACUGCUGAUGUCACAACCACUAGUGAUAUCACCACCACUUCUGAAGAGACCCCAACUGCUGAUAUCACCACAACUGCUGACCUCACCACCACUGCUGAAGUCACAACCACUGAUGAUGUCACCACCACUGUAGAAAUCACAACCACUUCCGAAAUCACAACCACUUCUGAUGUUACCACAACUGCUGAAAUCACAACCACUGAUAUUGUCACCACCACAGGUGAAGUCACCACAACUGCUGAUGUCACAACCACUAGUGAUGUCACCACCACUUCUGAACAGACCCCAACUGCUGAUAUCACCACAACUGCUGACCUCACCACCACUGCUGAAGUCACAACCACUGAUGAUGUCACCACCACUGUAGAAAUCACAACCACCUCUGAAAUCACAACCACUUCUGACGUUACCACCACUGCUGAAAUCACAACCACUGAUAUUGUCACCACCACAGGUGAAGUCACCACAACUGCUGAUAUCACAACCACUAGUGAUGUCACCACCACUUCUGAAGAGACCACAACUGCUGAUGUCACAACCACUACUGAUGUCACCACCACUUCUGAAGAGACCACAACUGGUGAUGGCAAAACCACCACUGCUGAAAUCACAACCACUGAUGAUAUCACUACUACGGCUGAUGUCACCACAACUCCUGAUGUCACCACCACUGCUGCAGUCACAACCACUGGUGAAAUCACACCCACUGAUGAUGUUACAACCACUUCUGAAGUCACCACCACUGGUGAUGUCACAAGCACUGGUGAUGUCACCACCACUGGUGAAGUGACCACCACUGCUGAAGUCACCACAACUGCUGAUGUCACAACCACUAGUGAUGUCACCACCACUUCUGAAGAGACCCCAACUGCUGAUAUCACCACAACUGCUGACCUCACCACCACUGCAGAAGUCACAACGACUGAUGAUGUCACCACCACAGGUGAAGUCACCACAACUGCUGAUGUCACAACCACUAGUGAUACCACCACCACUUCUGAAGAGACCCCAACUGCUGAUAUCACCACAACUGUUGACCUCACCACCACUGCUGAAGUCACAACCACUGAUGAUGUCACCACCACUGUAGAAAUCACAACCACUUCCGAAAUCACAACCACUUCUGAUGUUACCACCACUGCUGAAAUCACAACCUCUGAUAUUUUCACCACCACAGGUGAAGUCACCACAACUGCUGAUAUCACAACCACUAGUGAUGUCACCACCACUUCUGAAGAGACCCCAACUGCUGAUAUCACCACAACUGCUGACCUAACCACCACUGCUGAAAUCACAACCACUGAUGAUGUCACCACCACUGUAGAAAUCACAACCACUUCCGAAAUCACAACCACUUCUGAAGUCACCACAACUCCUGAUGUCACAACCACUAGUGAUGUCACCACCACUUCUGAAGAGACCCCAACUGCUGAUAUCACCACAACUGCUGACCUCACAACCACUGCUGAAGUCACAACCACUGAUGAUGUCACCACCACUGUAGAAAUCACAACCACUUCCGAAAUCACAACCACUUCUGAUGUCACCACCACUGCUGAAAUCACAACCACUGAUAUUGUCACCACCACAGGUGAAGUCACCACAACUGUUGAUGUCACAACCACUAAUGAUGUCACCACCACUUCUGAAGAGACCCCAACUGCUGAUAUCACCACAACUGCUGACCUCACCACCACUGCAGAAGUCACAACGACUGAUGAUGUCACCACCACAGGUGAAGUCACCACAACUGCUGAUGUCACAACCACUAGUGAUAUCACCACCACUUCUGAAGAGACCCCAACUGCUGACAUCACCACAACUGUUGACCUCACCACCACUGUAGAAAUCACAACCACUUCCGAAAUCACAACCACUUCUGAUGUUACCACCACUGCUGAAAUCACAACCACUGAUAUUGUCACCACCACAGGUGAAGUCACCACAACUGCUGAUGUCACAACCACUAGUGAUGUCACCACCACUUCUGAAGAGACCCCAACUGCUGAUAUCACCACAACUGCUGACCUCACCACCACUGCUGAAGUCACAACCACUGAUGAUGUCACCACCACUGUAGAAAUAACAACCACCUCUGAAAUCACAACCACUUCUGAUGUUACCACCACUGCUGAAAUCACAACCACUGAUAUUGUCACCACCUCAGGUGAAGUCACCACAACUGCUGAUGUCACAACCACUAGUGAUGUCACCACCACUUCUGAAGAGACCACAACUGCUGAUGUCACAACCACUACUGAUGUCACCACCACUUCUGAAGAGACCACAACUGGUGAUGGCACAACCACCACUGCUGAAAUCACAACCACUGAUGAUCUCACUACUACGGCUGAUGUCACCACAACUCCUGAUGUCACCACCACUGCUGCAGUCACAACCACUGCUGAAAUCACACCCACUGAUGAUGUUACAACCACUUCUGAAGUCACCACCACUGGUGAUGUCACAACCACUGGUGAAGUGACCACCACUGCUGAAGUCACCACAACUGAUGAUGUCACAACCACUGGUGAUGUCACCACGACUGGUGAUCUCACCACAAUGGCUGAUGUCACCACCACAGCUGACUUCACAACCACUGAUGAUGUCACCACAACAGCUGAUGCCUCCACAACUGCUGACCUCGCCACCACUGCUGAAGUCACAACCACUGAUGAUGUCACCACCACUGUAGAAAUCACAACCACUGCUGAAAUCACAACCACUGCUGAAGUCACAACCACUGAUGAUGUCACCACCACAGGUGAAGUCACCACAACUGCUGAUGUCACAACCACUACUGAUGUCACCACCACUUCUGAAGUGACCACAACUGCUGAUGUCACAACCACUAAUGAUGUCACCACCACUGCUGAAAUCACAACCACUGAUGAUAUCACCACUACGGCUGAUGUCACCACAACUGCUGAUGUCACAACCACUAGUUAUGUCCCCACCACUUCUGAAGUCACCAGCACUGAUGAUGUCACCACCACUGCUGAAGUCACAACCACUGCUGAAAUCACACCCACUGAUGAUGUUACAACCACUUCUGAAGUCACCACCACUGGUGAUGUCACAACCACUGGUGAUGUCACAAUGACUUGUGAUCUCACCACAUCGGCUGAUGUCACCACCACAGCUGACUUUACAACCACUGAUGAUGUCACCACAAAAGCUGAUGGCUCCACAACUGCUGACCUCACCACCACUGCUGAAGUAACAACCAAUGAUGAUGUCACCACCACCGGUGAACUCACAACCACUGCUGAAAUCACAACCACUUCUGAUGUUACCACCACUGCUGAAAUCACAACCACUGAUAUUGUCACCACCACAGGUGAAGUCACCACAACUGCUGAUGUCACAACCACUAGUGAUGUCACCACCACUUCUGAAGAGACCACAACUGCUGAUAUCACCACAACUGCUGACCUCACCACCACUGCUGAAGUCACAACCACUGAUGAUGUCACCACCACUGUAGAAAUCACAACCACCUCUGAAAUCACAACCACUUCUGAUGUUACCACCAUUGCUGAAAUCACAACCACUGAUAUUGUCACCACCACAGGUGAAGUCACCACAACUGCUGAUGUCACAACCACUAAUGAUGUCACCACCACUUCUGAAGAGACCCCAACUGCUGAUAUCACCACAACUGCUGACCUCACCACCACUGCUGAAGUCACAACCACUGAUGAUGUCACCACCACAGGUGAAGUCACCACAACUGCUGAUGUCACAACCACUAGUGAUGUCACCACCACUUCUGAAGAGACCCCAACUGCUGAUAUCACCACAACUGCUGACCUCACCACCACUGCUGAAGUCACAACCACUGAUGAUGUCACCACCACUGUAGAAAUCACAACCACCUCUGAAAUCACAACCACUUCUGAUGUUACCACCACUGCUGAAAUCACAACCACUGAUAUUGUCACCACCACAGGUGAAGUCACCACAACUGCUGAUAUCACAACCACUAGUGAUGUCACCACCACUUCUGAAGAGACCACAACUGCUGAUGUCACAACCACUACUGAUGUCACCACCACUUCUGAAGAGACCACAACUGGUGAUGGCAAAACCACCACUGCUGAAAUCACAACCACUGAUGAUAUCACUACUACGGCUGAUGUCACCACAACUCCUGAUGUCACCACCACUGCUGCAGUCACAACCACUGGUGAAAUCACACCCACUGAUGAUGUUACAACCACUUCUGAAGUCACCACCACUGGUGAUGUCACAACCACUGGUGAUGUCACCACCACUGGUGAAGUGACCACCACUGCUGAAGUCACCACAACUGAUGAUGUCACAACCACUGGUGAUGUCACCACGACUGGUGAUCUCACCACAACGGCUGAUGUCACCACCACAGCUUACUUCACAACCACUGAUGAUGUCACCACAACAGCUGAUGGCUCCACAACUGCUGACCUCACCACCACUGCUGAAGUCACAACCACUGAUGAUGUCACCACCACUGUAGAAAUCACAACCACUGCUGAAAUCACAACCACUGAUGAUGUCACCACCACAGGUGAAGUCACCACAACUGCUGAUGUCACAACCACUAGUGAUGUCACCACCACUUCUGAAGAGACCCCAACUGCUGAUAUCACCACAACUGCUGACCUCACCACCACUGCUGAAGUCACAACCACUGAUGAUGUCACCACCACUGUAGAAAUCACAACCACUUCCGAAAUCACAACCACUUCUGAUGUUACCACCACUGCUGAAAUCACAACCACUGAUAUUGUCACCACCACAGGUGAAGUCACCACAACUGCUGAUGUCACAACCACUAGUGAUGUCACCACCACUUCUGAAGAGACCCCAACUGCUGAUAUCACCACAACUGCUGACCUCACCACCACUGCUGAAGUCACAACCACUGAUGAUGUCACCACCACUGUAGAAAUCACAACCACUUCCGAAAUCACAACCACUUCUGAUGUUACCACCACUGCUGAAAUCACAACCACUGAUAUUGUCACCACCACAGGUGAAGUCACCACAACUGCUGAUGUCACAACCACUAGUGAUGUCACCACCACUUCUGAAGAGACCCCAACUGCUGAUAUUACCACAACUGCUGACCUCACCACCACUGCUGAAGUCACAACCACUGAUGAUGUCACCACCACUGUAGAAAUCACAACCACUGCUGAAAUCACAACCACUGAUGAUGUCACCACCACAGGUGAAGUCACCACAACUGCUGAUGUCACCACCACGGCUGAAGUCAUAACCACUUCUGAUGUCACCACUACUGCUGAUGUCACCACAAUGCCUGAUUUCACCACCACGGCUGAAGUCACCACCACUCUUGAUGUCACCACCAAUGAUGAAGUCACCACCACUUCUGUAGUCACCACCACGCCUGAAAUCACAACCGCUGGUGAUGUCACCACCACUUCUGAAGUCACCACCAGUGCUGACCUCACCACCACACCUGAAAUCACAACCACUGGUGAUGUAACCACCACCGCUGAUGUUACCACAACUGCAGAUAUCACAACCACUAGUGAUGUCACCACCACUGCUGAUGUCACCACAACUGCAGAUAUCACAACCACUAGUGAUGUCACCACCACUGCUGAUGUCACCACUAUUGCUGACCUAUCAACCACACCUGAAAUCACAACCACUGGUGAUUUCAGCAGCACAACUGAUGUCACCUCGACAGGUGAUGUAACCACAACUGCUGAUGUCACAACCACUGCUGAUGUCACCACUACUGGUGAUGUCACAACCACUGCAGAAGUAACCACCACUGCUGAAGUCACAACCACUGCUGAAGCCACCACAACUGCUGACCUCAACACCACACCUGAAAUCACAACCACUGAUGAUGUCACCACCACUGGUGAUGUCACCAUCACUGCUGAAGUAACCACCACUGCAUAUGUUACCACAACGACUGAUUUCACCACUACUGCUGAGGUCAACACCACUGAUGAUGUCACCACAAUAGCUGACCUCACCACCACUGCUGAAGUCACAACCACUAAUGAUGUCACCUCUACUGCUGAAAUCACCACGACUGCUGACCUCACCACCACUACUGAAGUCACAACCACUGCUGAUUUCAUCACCACUGGUGAUGUCACCACCACUGCAGAUGUCACCACCAUGGCUGAUGUCACCACUACAGCUGAUGUCACAACUGCUGACCUCACCACCACUGUUGAUGUCACCACUAUGGAUGAUGUCACCACAACUGCUGAAGUCAUAACCAGUGGUGAUGUCACCACCACUUCUGAGGUCACCACCACCUCUAACCUCAACACCACACCUGAAAUCACAACCACUAUUGAUUUCACCAGCACCGUUGAUGUCACCACCACAGGUGAUGUCACCACAACUGCUGAUGUCACAACCACUAGUGAUGUCACCACCACUUCUAAAGUCACCACCACUGGUGAUGUCACCACCACUGCUGAUACCACCUCCACUGCUGAUGUCACAACCACUGCUGAUGUCAUCACCACUGCUGAAGUCACAACCACUGCUGACUUCACCAACACUGGUGAUGUCACCACCAGUGCUGAUGUCACCACCACUGCAGAUCUCACCACAAUGCCUGAUUUAACCACUACUGCUGAAGUCACCACCACAGCUGAUGUCACCACCACUUCUGAGUUCACCACCACUGCUGAUGUCACCACAACUGCUGAUGUCACCUCCACUGCUGAUGUCACUACCACUGCUGAAGUCACCACCACUGGUGAUGUCACCACCACUGCUGAUGUCACAAACACUGGUGAUAUCACCACAAUAGGUGAUGUCACCACAACUACUGAAAUCACCACCACUGCCUACCUCACUACCACACUUGAAAUCACAACCACUGGUGAAGUCACCAGUACUGCUGAUGUCACCACCAGUGCUGAAGUCACAACCACUGAUGAAAUCACAACCACUGAUGUAGUCACAACCACUGGUGAUGUCACACCCACUGCUGAAAGCACAACCACUGAUGAUGUCACAACCACUUCUGAUGUUACCACCACUGGUGAUUUCACCACCACUGCUGAUGUCACCACAACUGCUUAUGUCACAACCACUCCUGAUGUCACCACCACUGUUGAAGUCACAACCACUGCUGACUUCACCACCACUGGUGUUGUCAACACCACUGCUGAUGUCACCACCACAGCUGAUGUCACCACCACUUCUGAGGUCACCACCACUGCUGACCUCACCACCACUCCUGAAAUUACAACCACUGUUGAUUUCACCAGCACCGCUGAUGUCACCACAACUGCUGAUGUCAUCACCACUCCUGAAGUCACAACCACUAGUGAUGUCACCACCACUGCUGAAGUAAUCACCACUGCUGAUGUCACCACCACUGCUGAUGUCACCACCACUGUUGAAGUCACAACCACUGGUGAUGUCACCAUCACUGCUGAUGUCACCACCACACCUGAAAUCACAACCACCGUUGAUUUCACCAGCACCGCUGAUGUCACCAUCACUGCUGAUGUCACCACAACAGCUGAUGUCACAACCACUAGUGAUGUCACCAUCACUCCUGAUGUCACCACCACUGCUGAAGUCACCACCACUGUAGAAAUCACAACCACUGAUGAUGUCACCACCACAGGUGAAGUCACCACAACUGCUGAUGUCACAACCACUAGUGAUGUCACCACCACUUCUGAAGAGACCACAACUGCUGAUAUCACAACCACUAGUGAUGUUUCCACCACUUCUGAAGUCACAACCACUGCUUAUGUCACCACCACUGCUGAUACCACCUCCACUGCUGAAGUCACAACCACUGCUGAUGUCACAACCACUGCUGAUGUCACCACCACUGCUGAUGUUACCACCACUGCUGAUGUCACCACCACUGUUGAAGUCACAACCACUGGUGAUGUCACCACCACUGCUGAUGUCACCACCACUGCUGAAGUCACAACCACUGCUGAAAUCACAACCACUGGUGAUGUCACCACCACUGCUGAUGUCACCACCACUGCUGAAGUCACAACCACUGCUGAAAUCACAACCACUGGUGAUGUCACCACCACUGCUGAUGUCACCACCACUGCAGAUGUCACCACAACAGCUGAUGUCACAACCACUAUUGAUGUCACCACAACGGCCGAUGUCACCACUUCUGCUGAAGUAACCACCACUGCUGAUGUCACCACCACUACUGAAGUUACAACCACUACAGAAGUUGCCACCACUCCUGAGCCCACUACCACCCCAGCACCUACCACUACUGCCGUGAAUUGUAUGAACGGAGGGUUCUGGACAGGUGACAAGUGCAUCUGCCCCAACGGCUUCGGGGGGGAUCGCUGUGAGAAUAUAGUCAACGUGGUCAACUGCGAGAAUGGAGGCACGUGGGACGGGCUCAAAUGUCAGUGCACCAGCCUCUUCUAUGGGCCACGGUGUGAGGAACUGGUGGAGAGCGUAGAGAUAGAGCCGACAGUCGCCGCGUCCGUGGAAGUGAGUGUGACAGUAACCAGUCAAGAAUACAGUGAGAAGCUACAGGACCGAAAGUCUGAAGAAUUCAGUAACUUCAAUAAGACAUUCACAAAACAGAUGGCUCUGAUUUAUGCUGGCAUACCGGAGUAUGAAGGGGUUAUCAUCAAAAAUCUGAGCAAAGGCAGUAUCGUGGUGGAUUAUGAUGUCAUCCUGAAGGCCAAGUACACCCCAGGAUUUGAAAACACAUUAGAUACCGUCGUCAAAAACCUGGAGACAAAAAUCAAGAACGCAACAGAAGUUCAAGUACAAGAUGUCAAUAAUAACUGUUCAGCUUUACUGUGUUUCAACUCCACUGCCACCAAGGUGCAAAACAGUGCCACAGUCAGUGUCAAUCCUGAGGAGACAUGCAAGAAGGAGGCUGGAGAGGACUUUGCAAAGUUUGUCACACUGGGGCAGAAGGGCGAUAAGUGGUUCUGUAUCACGCCUUGCUCUGCGGGCUACAGCACCUCCAAGAACUGCAGCUACGGCAAAUGUCAGCUGCAGCGAAGUGGACCCCAGUGCCUCUGCCUGAUCACGGAUACUCACUGGUACAGCGGGGAAAACUGCGACUGGGGCAUCCAGAAAAGCCUGGUGUAUGGACUUGGGGGAGCCGGCGUGGCAGUGCUGUUGGUGAUCCUCGUGAUCCUCCUCGUGUUCUCCAUCCGCUUCAGAAAAGAUGCGCAAAGGCAACGGUCCAGAGUGUCUGAGAUGUACAAGUGGGGUGAAGAGGAAGGCAGAGCAUCUCCCGGAACCUUCCACAACUUUGGUUUUGACCACAAUGAAGAACGAGAAAACUACAUGCCCCUGGACUCUGUGUACAACACCUUCCAGCCUUCCCUAAACCACAUAAACCCAGAAAGAAAGAUCCAGAUUCAGAGGCCCCAGGUAGUCAUGACAUCGUUGUAAACACUAACACAAAAGCGGUUUUGCAUGGAUCUGUGGACCUGAGGACUGAGGAGAAGCGUGUUUAGCCAAGCGUGGUGGAACACACCCUACAUUGAGAAUUCCGCAUAGAGACUUACUGGGAAAUAGACCCUGCAGUUACCUAGAAUGGGUACCAGAGAGAUGAUGCUGGAAGCGCCGACAGUAUGGAAACUGCAGUGGUCAUGUUACGAUGGUAGGCGAAACCUCCCAGAAUCCCAUGCCCAGAGAUGUCUCCUACCCGUGGUCCGGCAAUCAGCACCAAGGACAGUGCCUGGCCCGCUGCCAUCGUCGGUUGUUUUAACUUUGGGUUGCAUUUUACCAUCAGCAAAGCACGCUUCUAAGAAAGAUUACCUCCCAUCUCCAUGGCAAGCACUGUUUUUAACAUAGACCAUCUGUCUUUACAAGGGCAUGCUUAGUUUUAAAUUUCUUUUUAAGACUGGGUAUGAUUAAAGCUUUUAUUUUAUUGCAUUCAAUGUAAAUACAAUUAUAUGCUUAUUUUUAA